UAUACCAGAGGCGCCGGAGAGGCAGAUGACAGAUAUGAUCGGCGAACCGAUUCUUCUUUAUGGAUUCCCUGCUGAAAUAAAGUCAUUUUACAUGAGUCGGUCUGCUGAAGACAAUCGAGUGACUGAGUCUGUUGACUUGUUGAUGCCGAAUGUGGGAGAAAUUGUCGGGGGAUCGAUGCGUAUUUCUGAUGAGGCCGAGUUAAAUGCCGCGUUUCUAAAAAAUGAGAUCGACCCUUCGCCAUAUUAUUGGUAUACUCAGCAGGUGCAAUCCGAGUUUAUUCGUAGAGGAAGUUUGGAACUUUCCCUCAUGGAGGAUAUGGACUUGGACUUGAGCGCUUUGCGACCUGGAUGUUGGGGCUCUAUCAUAUAAGGGAGGUCUGUCUUUAUCCCAGGUUUAUUGG